UUUAGAUUUGGGGAGAAGCGAGACUGGAUGGGACUGUCGGAGUGAGAGUGACAGAGAGGAGUGAGAGGAAAGUGUGGGGGAAGUGAGAAGGUUAAGAAAGAUUGAGGGAUCCAGUGAAGUCAGGGAGAGCUGGGGUUGAUGCGCACUCUUUGCUGAGGGGACUUCAGGAGUCGGUACCUGCUUGCACUGUAGAGCACUGCAGUGGGGGAUGCUGGGAUCGCUGGUCUGCAAUGGAUGCUGGGGGGUCCAGAGGACAUAGUCUCGCAGGAGGGGUGGCCCUCCAUCCUUCAGUCUGGUCCCAGACGAUGAACUACGUGGGGCAGCUAGCGGAGACGGUGUUCGUCACUGUGAAGGAGCUCUAUAAGGGUCUGAACCCAGCGACACUGACCGGGGGCAUCGAUGUCAUCGUGGUGCGGCAGCCCGAUGGCUCUCUGCAGUGCUCCCCCUUCCACGUGCGAUUCGGCAAGCUGGGUGUGCUGAGAUCCCGCGAGAAAGUGGUGGACAUAGAGAUCAAUGGGGAGCCAGUGGAACUGCACAUGAAGCUGGGAGAUAACGGGGAGGCUUUCUUUGUGGAGGAGAAUGAGGAUCACAAGGAGCGGGUCCCUGCGCACCUGUGCACCUCGCCUAUCCCACUGGAGGGUCCGGAGGGGUGUGAGGCGGCCGAGUCGCCCCCGAUCACUGGCUCCCGCAGAAAGAAGCGCCGGCGGAAACGCACACGCACCGAAACACCCUGGAGAGAGGAGGGAGGGUCCUCUGAUGAUGAACGGGAGCUCCCAGUGAGUGAGGGGCUAGGGGAGGAUUCCUUGCCGUUCGUGCCAACCAGUUCUUCUGUCUACUAUUCAUUUGCGGAAGACACCAUUGAAGAUCUUGGGAGCACACAUUCCCAUGAUAUUCACCCCUAUUCGGACGGGGAGUGGUCGCCUCCAGAAAGUGUUUUCAUGAGCCGGCCUUCCUCCCCAAAGAGUGACUCUGAGCUGCUGAUUAAACCUCCUGAAUCGACAGGGCCCCAGAUGCAGUGGGCCUGGGGAGGCUUCCCAAAGGUUAGACCGAGUGAGAGAGCACAAGCAGAGGCUUCACGAAGCUCCCCUGCUGUCCAGCCUUCAGGAAGCACCCACUUCCGAACCAUCUAUCGCCAGGACUCUAUUGAGCUUGACAUGCCGGGAGAGCCCUCGUGCCAAAGUGGCAGCGUGACUCUGCUAAGACCAGAACCGCGGGAGCAAGUGGCAGGGCCCAGCACUUUAGAUCAAAGGCUAACUAGUGCACAACCAAGCACAAUCACAGUCCCAGCUUUAGAACACAGCACAGGAACAGAACUGGAACAAACCCUGCCUGCAACUGAACCCAGCACAGACACAGUCCAUGCACUAACCGAACCUGGAACAGAACCCAGCACAGACACAGUCCAUGCACUAACCGAACCUGGAACAGAACCGAGCCCAGACACAGUACAUGUACUAACCGAACCUGGAACAGAACACAGCCCAGACACAGCCCCAGUGCAAACACAGCCAGAACAAAGACUAGGGGACACACCACUUGCACAAACACAAGCGUGGGUAGGAGGGGAAACCGCAGUGGAAUCAACACGAACACAACUACGGCAAACCUGUGAAACCACAGGCCCAGCACUGCCGGAUCAGAUUGGAGCCGACACUCCUGCAGAACCGGCUCCAGAAACAAAAACAGGACCAUCUCCUCCCCCAUCCGACAUCAGAACUGAAGUGCUGACCUCCAGUGGGCCUUGCCCUGAGGCUGAAACUGAGACAGUGGAUGGGUUGGAGCAGAAUCUUGAAAGUGUAGAGCCAGGAACACUUGAGGGUGCUGCUAAAGGGGAGGUGGAGGCUGAAGAGGGCAAAGGGGUCCCAGAGAGGACAGCAGAGGUCCCUCAGAGCUCUGAAGCCACAGGAAGUGUGAAAGUGAGUUCAGAGGUUGAGGAGAGUGCAAAAGCUGACGCACAGCUGGCUGCUGCAGACACGGCUGUGAAAACCGAACCCCUGGCGAAAAAGAAAAGUAAACGAAGCCAGCACCUGGGCCCUUCUGACAUCUAUCUGGAUGACCUUACCAACCUUGACCCGGAGGUCGCCGCUCUCUACUUCCCCAAAAGUGAUGUUGAGGCGAACUCGCGGCCAGAGGCUGAGCCAGGCUCGCAGUCUGGUAACCAGUCACCUCAGUCAGUGGGCAGUGGUGCCAUGGACAGUGGGACAGACUACCUGUCGGACUCUCCCGGAGACCUGGCUGAAGUCACCAUAUCCCUGUGUGGCAAGCUGGGGGAUGUCAGCCAGAUCAGCAAAGAGAAAUUCAUGGAGCACGUGAUCAGCUUCCAGGCCUUUGCCUCCAAUCCAGGAAUCAUUGAGGACCCCAAUCUAGUGAUCUGCAUCAAUUCCAAGUAUUACAACUGGGCUGUUGCUGCUCCCAUCAUCCUUUCAAUGCAAGCAUUCCAAAAGAAUUUACCAAAGAGCUCUGUGGAGCAGCUGGUGAAAGACAAAAUGCCAAAGAAAUCGGGGAGGUGGUGGUUCUCAUGGAGACGUAGAAAUCUUGAAACUAAAGAGGCUAAAACAAGUGAAGAAAAAUCCGAGGGGCAGAACAAGACAGAGGCAUCUGAUCACGUGCCCUCCACAUCAACGCAUACAGGCAGUAAUACUACAAGCGAUGACGACUCGCAGACAGAGACUCUCUCCACAGUGCAGUGCCUUAACCAGAUGUACCGCAAGUCUCUCCGCCUCACCUCCGAGCAGAUAGAACGACUCAAUCUGCGGGAGGGGGCCAAUGAGAUUGUGUUCAGCGUGACCACACAGUACCAGGGGACCUGCCGCUGCGAGGCCGCCAUCUACCUGUGGAACUGGGACGACAGGAUCGUCAUUUCAGACAUCGAUGGCACCAUCACCAAGUCUGAUGCCCUGGGACACAUCCUGCCUCAACUGGGGAAAGACUGGACUCACCAAGGGAUUGCAAAACUGUACCACAAAAUACACCAAAAUGGCUACAAGUUCCUGUACUGCUCUGCGCGAGCGAUCGGGAUGGCUGACAUCACCAAGGGAUACCUGCAGUGGGUCAACGACAGGGGGACAGUUCUGCCUAAAGGCCCGGUACUGCUCGCACCAAGCAGCCUCUUCUCAGCCCUGCACAGGGAGGUGAUUGAGAAGAAACCCGAAGUGUUUAAGAUUGCCUGUCUGACUGACAUCAGAAACCUCUUCAGCCCAAUGCGGCAGCCCUUCUAUGCAGCCUUUGGAAACAGAGUUAACGAUGUUUACGCCUACAAGCAAGUAGGAGUGCCAGAGUACCGAAUCUUCACAGUCAACCCCAAAGGAGAGCUCAUCCAAGAAAAAACCAAGGGCAACAAAUCUUCGUACCUUCGUCUGAGCGAGCUGGUGGAGCAUGUCUUCCCUCUGCUCACACAGGGUCGCAGUUCAUCGUUUGACUGCCCGGAGUUCAGCCACUUCUCCUUUUGGAGAGAUCCUGUCCCUCCCCUGGAUCUGGGCGAGCUGCAGUAGCCUCCUGCCUGCCUGUCUGUCCUGUUUUAAUCUCCUCUCUCCUUUUAUUCCUGUUUCUUUCACACCUGGAGACAAUCCACUUGAGGUCCUGUGAGGGAAUCUUUAGAUUGAUCCUUUUACUUUCACUAACUUGCAAUUUAGAAGAAAGACCAAAGAUCGCAAAUACAGAAAGUGGGUUUGUCCUGGUUUCAGGGAAAAAUAAAUACUGAACAGACUGGUCCAGUACAUGAUAGAAAAGCAUUCCCCCGACUAACACUUUCCAUUCAAUGCGUAGUCCUUUUUUUUUUUUUUUUUUUUUUUAUAAGAAACUUCCAAUACCUUCUAUCAAUUAUGCAACACAAAUGCAAUUUUUUUUUACAUUGAAUUUAGACAUUCGCAGAGUGGUUGUGAGUCGUUUUAAGCUUUUGUGGACCACAACAAUCACAUAGCUAGCUAACUUAUUUAUAUUUACAACAUGUCCAGUGUUUAUAAAUACAUUUAUUUUUAGUUAUGCUGAAUGAAAAUGUACACUUUCAGGGGUCAGUCGUGGGUUAAGGAUGAGCAUUAAACGUUAUUGCUGUUUUUUUCUCAACAUUGCAAUAAGCAGGUUUUUGCCUUUUGUAUGUGCUGUGUGUUACAUGACUUGUGCUGCAGAUGGGGUUAUUAUGCAGAUGCUUGCAGUAGAAGGCUCUCUCAUGCAUUAAGAGUCACCCCCAAGUCUCUGAGACUUGAUUAUUUUGCCACAAUAACCCUAACACAAGAAGCCCAGCCGCUGGCGGAAGUGCCACUGUGUGCCUGCUGUUUUAUGCUAGAUUUUUCAGUACAGGAUUGACCCCAUUUAAAAAAAUGACACAAUUCUGAUUGAUUAUUUCAAAAUGUACAUUAUGGACUGAUACAGCUAUAGCCAAAAGUCAACCAAUUCUCUGUUGAAAGUCUGCAAAGGGAAUGGUGUAGCUGAUUACCAUCAGCAAUGGACUUCUGUUCCUGAGGGGAGAUCAUCUGUGUGGAUUUUGUGGCAGGGUUUUUGAGCUGGAAACUGUUUAGAAAAUUGAUUAAAAGAAGGAAAAAAAAGACCAUCGUUGUAAAACAACAUUUUAAGUUUUAAUUUUGAUUGGUUUCAAUUUACUUUUGGUUUUGUAAACUAUUGGUUACAGCUGAAUGCGAUGCACUACAACAACAGCUGGGUGACAAAGAACUGUAGCCAAAGGCAGCGAGGAAUGAAUGCCAAACUUUUAUUGACAUGAAUAGUAGAAACGAAUAACUUAACACGAUUUUAUUGAAUGUUCAUGUUGUGCAUAUUCUCUAUCUUAAUUUGUUUCAUAUACUGAGUGGUGUAUUGUGAAUAUUAAAAUGGAUUCCUUUAUGACUGGAGUUACCAAACAGUACUUUUGGAAGAAAAAGCUUGUCCUGUUGUAUUGUAUUGUUUGGUUUAGUUUCGUUAGCAGGAGUGAUCAGGGAUAGUAAUUCAAACUAAUAAUUCUUGGUAUGAAGUAUAACAUGUAUGAUAUAUGCAACGGAGGGUUUUGGUGUAAGAACAAGUGUUUAAAAUAAAAAAUGUCAGUAUGGCAUGUUUUGUUUAUUUUU